AAAAGGAGAGAGAUCUUGAUCUCACUCUCCCGAACAUUCUAAACAAAAGUACCUCUCUUUCUAUGUCCACGUCACGCAACCGUCUCUCUAGAUGGUCCUAGAUUUCUCUCCUUUUCCCUUGGAAAAUCACAAGAACAAUCCAGAAAACCAAAGACCAACGUGCUACCCCCCGCUUCUCUCCUCCUAUAAAAUCCCAACCUCACCCCUCUCCCUUCAAGGCUUCAACACAAGCAGCUCAAAUAGUUAAGCAAACCCACCAAAUAUCCUUCACUUUUCUACAACCUUCUUCUGUCAUUAUUCAAAGCAACUAAAAAGAGGCCCCAAAAUGGUCAAGCCUGGCAUAAACGCGUCUAUGCUUGUCGUAGCAGCUGCUGUAACGGUAGUAAUAGGCCUCAUGGCCACACAGGCCAACGCCUUGAUGCCAUACACGAGGCCAUCCCUAUGGGACAUUUUGCUCCCAUAUUCGGAGGACCCGUUAAGAAUCCUUGAGCAAACCCCGCUAACCAUCCCCAGAGGCGUCGAGACCCUCGCUUUGGCACCCUCAGACUGGAAAGAGACACCCACGGAACACGUCAUAUCACUAGACGUCCCUGGGAUGAAGAAGGAUGAUAUAAAGAUAGAGGUGGAGGAGAACAGGGUGCUGAGGAUCAGUGGGGAGAGGAUGGGCAAGAAUCAGGAAGUUGAGGGCGAGCGGUGGCACAGGGCAGAGAGGACUAAUGGCAAGUUCUGGAGGCAGUUCCGGCUGCCGGGUAAUGCGGACUUGGAUCACGUCAAGGCACAUCUUGAGGAUGGUGUUUUGAGGAUUACAGUGCCAAAGUUUGCUGAGGAGAAGAGGCAGCCUAAGGUUAUAAACAUUGCUGAGGAGGGGUCCUUUGGGGAAGACAUCAAGGCCACCAAGGCUACCGGCUGAGAUGGUCAUA